GGGUCUCAUGGACUAUGCUUUUGAGUUCAUCAUCAACAAUGGUGGUAUUGAUAGGGAGGAAGAUUACCCCUAUAAAGCUAGAGAUGGGACAUGCGACCAAUACAGGAAAAAUACAAAGGUUGUUAGAAUUGAUGAUUAUGAAGAUGUUCCUGAAAACAACGAGAAGGCAUUGCAAAAGGCAGUGGCAAAUCAACCCGUGAGUGUUGCCAUUGAAGCUGGUGGCAUGGCAUUCCAAUUCUAUGAUGAUGAGGCUUUGGUGGUGGGUUGUUUUUGUGGUGGUAGCGUUGGAACAGUGGUUGGUGGUGGUGUUCGGCUGUUGGGAAUAGACAAUGAAGUGGAAAGAAGUGAUAGUGUUUGGUGGUGA